AUGACUACUAGAGAAGAGGAACUUAAAAAGAGAAAAACAUAUCUUCAAAUAGCAGGCACUGCCUGUUCAAAUUGUCACAAAACUUGUAAAGAAGCUGGAGUAACUUCUCUUUUACGUUGUGCACGCUGUAGAAUGUUUCAUUAUUGUUCUAAAGAAUGUCAAAAGGCCGAUUUUCAAUUUCAUAAAACAUUUUGCAGUGCUAUUGAAGAAGUGAACAACACUGAAGAAGCUUGGUAUUCAUGUAAAGGUGCAGAAUCUGAAUGGAACAAACGCAAGAUCUAUCAAAUGCAAUUAUUAAGUUAUGUACUUGACAGAGAAUUAACUGACUAUGAAAGGCAUGCGUGGCUGAACCAACCAAAAUGUCAAAUAUGUUUUAAAUGUCCGAGAGACUUGAAAAAGUUAAUGACGUUGGUCCCAUGUCCAAAUUGUCAAGUUGUCUUUUGUUGUUCUUCUGAUCAUUGGGAAAAACAUCGUUCAAAACAUAAUGAUUUAUGUGCAACAUAUCAGAUCAUGCUCGAAUGUGAAAAAAUCAGAUAUCUACCUGAUCAACCUUUAUGGGCUCCAGAAGAAUAUGAUGAAAAUAAAUCAUAUCCUCCACUGCCAAAAGAUUGGAAUGAAUAUUUCAAAUGGAGAAAGGCUUCUCAUGUGCUUCAACAUGACUCUUACUGUCGAGUCAUUACAAAUACGCUCUCUUUGCCUCUCACAAUUCUUGCAGCUCUUAAAAGAUUUUAUGAUCGUGAUCAAUUACAUUCUAUUAACGAUAUGGUAAUCCAUCUUGCCGGUGCAAAUCAAUACGAACUUUUAGCGCUGAUGGCUUUUGAAGAAAUAAUGCACGUAUUAACAAAUAUCAAAUCUCUACAACUUGUAAUGGUUGGGUUAGAGAUGUUUUCGAAAAAUAAUGGAUUUCCCUUGCAAUGUUGUCCUCGAUGCACUGAAGAAAAUAGGAAACGCAUUUGUUCAAUGUAUCCAAUGACUUAUCAUGAUUUUGCCACUUCUUUAGAUUAUAAUAAACCUCACUUGGUUGUUGGAUUUAACACAGGCCUAUAUGAAGAUGAUACCGAGCUUUGGAAACCAACAAUCGAUUGUUUGUUGGAUAAAAAUUUGCCAUGUUCUUUCACUUCUUACUCUAAAAAAGAAGCUAUUGAAGAUGUUAAAAUACUUAAGAAGUGGGGUGCUAAAAUUCUUACGGGAUCCAAAGAAAAUAAAUGGAGAAGUAAUAUGCCUCUUGCCGAACCUCAAGAAGUUGAUAAAUUUUAUUAUAAUAAUUAUUAUAUAACAUUAUUUCAAGGAAAAGUCAAUAAAGAGAAAAAUUAA